GUUAUGUUCAAACAUCUCCACGCGGUUGGAACAGACGGUUGAAUGAGUGGUGCAGACAGCAGAGUAUUUAUUUUAUAAAGUGAAACGACAGAUUUUUAAAAUAUUUUCCAAUUACCUGGACGGUUUCCGGUGAUUAUUUUAAUGACUCGUUAUUGUUAGUUGUGUUUUUCUGUGAUAAACCCAGAAAAUGACGAGAUUUGCAAGAGCAAAGGGCUCGAAAGCCUCCAACGAGCGAUUACCAGAUGAGCCCACCCCCUGGCACGUGAUGAAGCAGCAGCUGGAGGAUUCAGUGACUUCCAAACAAUCCUCUCCAGCCCAGAGAACAAAAUCUGCGAAAGAGCUCUUGAAAGAACGAGAGGAGCCCUUCUACGGAGACCUGGGGGCUGUCAGUCAUGAUUGGGCAGAUUUCCAGCCAGAAAAAUCGAAGUCAUCCGUAAAAAAGUCGUCUAACGACUCCAGUGCGACUCCUGUGUCUAAAAAAAUCAAGAAAAAAGAAUUAAAAUCGACUCUGAAGAACACUGAUGUCACAGAGGUUCCGGUAAACCCAGAAAAUUCAUCAUCGCCAAAGAAAUCGAAGAAACGGAAAUCCAACGCAGAAUUAAAUUCUUCUGAAGCCUUAGAAGCUCCCGCAGCUCCAGGAAAUCCUCCCCCAAAGAAUAAAAAGCAGAAAAUAAAUGAAGAAGAGGGAUCAGCAUCUCCAGAAAAAUCCCAGCAGAAGAAGAAUAAGAAAAAAGAUAAAUCAACAGCUCCAGUUGAUAUUAAACCCCAGGAGUCCACCAAAAAUUCUAGUUCUGAUCUACAAAAUGGAGAUGCCAGUGAAAAAACCUCUGGCAAGCUGAGCAAACGCCAGAAGCGAAACAGAAAGAAUAAAAUGAAGUCAGAAGUUUCUGAGGGUAAAGAAGACAAUAAGAAAGUACCAGGUGCGUUCAACACGGAAGGAAAUGAGUGGAGCACGGAAAUAAAAAUCAGCAGCAAGCAGAAGACUCUCGGUUCCCCCCAGGAGGAGAACCAGUCCCCAGAGGAUAUUAAACAAGAGAAUAAACCCCAGAUGAGGAAUCCACCCUUCUAUCAGAGAAGAGAAGGCUUCAGCAAGCCCCUGGGUAGAUUUGAUAGUCAGAAAGUCGUGAAGAAGCGAAAACCUCCGAAGAUUCGCGACGACAAAGAGCACAAGAGGCGAAAACCCACUCCUGGCUCCAGCAAAGUCAUAAUCAAUGGGAUGGAGAUUGAAAUCGUGAUGUACGACGGUUUUCCAGUGAAGAAAGAGGAUGCAGAGAGGCUGGAGGAGUUGAAGAGCCAGAUGGUGAUGAAAGGAAUCCCCAAGUCUGAGAUCAACGCUGCGAUGAAGCUGGAGCGGAGAAAAGCAGAGAAGGCUCUGACGAGGGUGAAGAAAAACGUGUGCUUUCACUGCAGAAAAGCUGGACACAAUCUCUCGGAUUGUCCUGAGUUAGGGAGAGAAGAGGUGGUAACUGGGAUCUGCUUCAAGUGUGGCUCCACAGAACACACACAUUUCGAAUGCAAAGUAACGAAAAAGGAGGAAUUUGGCUUUGCAAAGUGCUUCAUCUGCAGGGAGCAGGGUCACAUCGCCAAGCAAUGCCCAGACAAUCCCAAGGGACUAUAUCCUCAGGGUGGUGCUUGCAAAAUCUGUGGGGAUGUCACUCACCUGAAGAAAGACUGCCCUGACCUCGUGCAGGAGAAGGAAGACAGCAUUCUGACCUUGGGGACCAUCUCGGAGACUGUCGAGGAUCUGGAAGGUGAGGGGAAAGCUGAGAAAAGCAUAAAACCCAAACAGAAAGUCGUGACUUUUUAACGAUAAAAUGGUGUGAAUGGGUUUAUUGAAAAUUUUUCUUAAGACGCUCAGAAAAGCACGCGAUGUACAUUUGUAAUUUACACGAGUUUAUGUACACAAUCAUCGUUAUAAUAAAGGCGUGGAUUUAUUUUUAUUUUA